GCUCUAUAAAGAUGGCUUUCUUGAUUGAGAUCAGAUAGUUUACCCUGCAAAGGCCUUUUUGCGACGCUUCUCGAGUGGUGGCUAUGUCCAAGCUCACUAUCCCAUUCGCUACACGUGCAUCGGUCUCAAAACUCUGCUCAACAUCUGUAACAUCUCGUGGCGUAGUGAUCGGACCGUGAUCGAUCUUCAAAGACCAGGGCGAUCCUGUAUGGCAAUCUGCUUAUUUGAAUUACACGGUGCUUGAUAAAGCGGCGUUUGGCUACUCGUCCCGUCUCCGUCGGAAGCACAGCGUCUCGCCAUUUUCAACUUCCACCUCAGUUCCUCAAGUCAAGGUGGUUCUCGAUGGAAUCGGCAGCGUUAUUACCGUCGCUAUGGCGGACAAGAGUGCUCAGAUUGUCGUAACGGCCUCAGCAUUCCUUCUCUCAACAUGGCUGGCCGUCAGUCUCCGUGUGUAUUGCCGGACAACGUUGGUGCGGUCAGUCGGUAUCGACGACAAGAUCAUGGUCUUCCUUCUGGCCAUUUUCACCGGAUAUCUAGUGUUGCAGAUUUACGGGGGAACUCACGGGAUCGGCCGCCGUGAUAAUGAGAUCACGGCCGGAGAGAAGAGAACCAUGCUGCUGCUAUGGUGGAUCCUCGAGCUACUCAACGUCGUCUCAACAUGUCUACUCAAAAUCUCCGUCGGCUACUUCCUCCUCCGGGUCGCACUCGAUCGACCGCACAUAUGGAUAAUUCGAGCUCUUAUGGUAGGUACAGUUGUCUUCGGAACGACAUACCUAUUCAUGGUAGCUUUCCAGUGUAGACCUGUGCCAACGUACUGGGAAGAAGGGCCUAGAACGCCGGAGAAAUGCUGGCCCUCACGAGUCAUCUACAUCAUGACGAUUGCGGCGACAGUCAUCAACACGAGUGCCGACUUCAUUUUCGGUGCUUUACCGUGGUUCAUUGUCAGAUCCAUGAAUCUUCCGAUCGGGACCAAGAUCGUGGUGGUUUGCAUCCUGGGGCUGGCCGCUGUAGGAAGUACCGCCACCAUUGUUAGAGCGUUCUAUAUCCCGACGUUACUGGAUGGCAAGGACUUUCUUUACGAAACCUCCAACUUUGCAAUAUGGAGCACAGUAGAACCAGGGAUAGGCAUCGUGGCAGCCUCGAUAGCAACAUUGCGACCUCUGUAUCAAAUGGUGCUCACCAGGAUGGGUCGCUCGUCGGUAUACCGUCAACGAAGAGACAGAUUGGAGAGACAGCAGGCUCGAAGAAACGAGACGAGUCGAAUGGUGCGACAGGCACACAAUCUCGAUCCAGAGGAUGGGCCGGCCGACUCGGAUAUCACAUCCCCCCACGGGAUCCGUGAGAUCAACCCCCCUUCUCACCAAGCCAGCAAACAGACAGAGUCAACUGUUAAGACGAGCUCAUCUGGAGUCGGAUCUCCACAACUAAGAAUGAGCUUGUUCGAUGUUGAAGUUCCAACGUCAAGGUUGAGACUUAGCGAUGAUUUUCGGCGGACGAUGGACAGACCUCCUGAGGAGUGGUUAUCGAGGGUCAAGGAUUGA